AUGGCCGGCCAUAACCCACCAACAGCGCCCUCUCAGUCCAAGGAACGACAUGGCGGCAGUGUCAUAGCACUGGAAGGUCCAGAAGAGGUUGUCGCUACGCAGUUAUACCUCCUCCCUCCUUCAUCCCAGAUUAUGGUCCUUCCAAAAAUCCAGCAUUAUAUAUCAACAUCUCCGAUAUCACACCACCAGAAACAGUUACGGCACAGAUCCGACCCCCGAAAUAUCAUAUCGACCAUUCACCACGCAGCCAAGCGAAGGCAUUCGGUGGCUAUGGAGUUCCUUCAACACUCAACGGCCGAGAGGAAGCGGGCCGUUUUUCUAGAAGGGGGGACAUGCGGUGCUAAGCUCAUGUGUCUGGAUGCAAUCGGAAAGGCAUACACGGCAGGGAAUCUGGAAAAAGCGGCAGCCAUCCUUGACCGACUUAUGAGCCAGGGUCUCAAGAGUCUUGAUGACAAUGGAUUUGAUGUUGACUCAAUCAUCGACCCGAAAUCGAGUGACCCAUGGGUCGGGAACCCCGAUGUCGACAAGGAUGUUUGGGCAAACAAGGGUAUCGAAACCAACGGAAGGGAGGACGACGACGAGAUGGAAGAUCCAAUCACGAAAGCCAUGCGGGCUGCUGAUGCGCUUGAUAAGGAAACAGAAAACCUUCAGCCGCCGAACCAUGACGUUGACCUCAGCGUGCCAUUGGACUUCGGAUUGAUGAAGCCACGUGCUAGAAGUUUGAGCAUGUCGGCCGUUGAAAAUAUGGUUGCCGCUCCCGACGGAGUGAUCCGUGAGAGGGAAGUCGAUCUGGACAUGUCUGCGGCCGCAAACACAAACGCAUUCCAGCUGCUCCCAUCACCGCUUCUCUUCUCGUCAAACCCUGCAACCAAAACAUCUUUCUUGGCAGUCUCUCCUACCAAGAACACUCAGGGGCAGCUUAGGAAAGCGAGGUCUUAUGAGCCUCCCCAGAACCUGAGGGAGACCAAAUUCAAUCUCAAGGUGGAUGAUUUCGACAAUGCGCAGAUGGCUUCCAUUGCUGCCCAACAUUGGCAUGCAAGGGAGUUGACAGAUGGCGCAGGUAUUGGCGUCGCGACCACGUUGCCGGGAUCAGGUACCGGUACCGAAGGCAAAGACCGAGAAUGGGACGGCACAGCGAGCAUAUCCAAUUACUCAACCGCCACCCCUACAACCCACGAUGCAACCCACGUGGGAAGCCACGCGACGGUAUCUCCUAAACCGCCACGAUUCCACGUCCCGCUUCGAAAUUUCUUCGAGAAGAAGCCAAGGGCCUUUGAAGGGCUGAACCUGGAGGACGGCGUUAUCGGAACCGAAGGUCGAACAUCAUCAGAUGAAACAAAACCCUUUGAGCCCCUCCUACCCUUCAAUGAGCAUUACGUGAUCCACUUCUCAAACGGAAAACCUGAUGACCAGUUCAGCUUCGUGUCCAGUCGCUACAAAGACUGCUUCGGCUCCAAACACCGACCAUCCACCUCGUAUUCGCCAAAAACCGAUGCGACAGCCGUAAGUCCUCACACCAAGGAGCUAUCGAGGGACAUGACUCCCAGCGAACACAACAUGUAUUCCGCUUCCGAAUAUGACCCUUAUCGGUACGAAGAACAGCUCAAGCCGCAGUCAACCACGCCUACACCUGGCUACGUCUUCCCCGCUUCUUUUCCGAUCACACCGUCAGCAAGCAGGUUCCAUGAUCUGUCUACCCACAAUAAGACUGCCGUCUGGGUACAAAACACCCUUCGAUCAGUCCUCGACAACCAUACUCCUGUCGAGGAGAUCGACUACCUGUCGUCAGACGCAGACUCCCCGGAUCCGCAAUUGCGCAGUCUCUGGGAGCCCUUAUUGUGCGCCGAAAUGGACCGGCAAAAGGAGGAGAGGAAGGUCGACCUUAUCUUGGCCAUUGGCGCCGAGGGCGGUGUCAAAAAGGACUUCAAACAAGGAGUCAUGGCCAAGAUUGAGCAGCAUGGGUUUCCUUCCAAUGGUGAUGGGAUGUCGCGGAGCGGGCGCCUGGGUUUGCGAUAUCUGAUAGGAAACGCUAUGCAAACCUUUACCUCCCAGCCGCUGGCCCAACAGUCCAAGGAGAACCCCUUCUCCAACCCUACGCUGUUGGCGAGCCUUAUCAUCCCCCAUAUCGACACUUAUUUGCGCGGAAACGACAACGUUCACUUUCUCCUCAUCGAGUACCCGGUUGAGCACUUGUCCACCAUGUUGGCUAUGCAGAAGCUUAUGGGGAGCCAAGUCAUGAAGGUGGCUGGCAUUUCCAAGGAGACAGACACGACGAUAUUCUCGAUGGCCGACUAUCGACUCUCGGCUAUGGCAUCCGAAGCCGAGAUCUCGGAAUGUGUCGCAGCCAUCCGUGAUACUUUGGCCUCGAUUUCGGACUUCUACAAGCCCCAGACGAGUGAUGUGCUAGCGCCUACAGCCAAUGAUGCUGCCCAGGGGGAGAAGGAGGUCACAGCGAAGCCCUUGAGCACCAAGAGCAGCAACCUAACGAAUGCCAGCAUUGCGCCCCUGCUCCCACCACAACAACACUCACCACACCACAAGCCAUCACCUGUUGCUAUACCAACCUUCACAGCCAUUUCAACCCCUCCACCACCUCUUCUCCCUGCUUCUCCGGCGGAUACCUACAACCACACUCACACCUAUGUCCAUAGCAAUGGCCAGAACCAUGGCCACGGGCUCCAUACCUACAUGCCCACAGCAGCCAUUCACCUACCAACCCGCUCCAUCUCCCCACCUCCCUGCUCUCACUGCUCGUCGACUCUCAGCACGUCGAUAACUAGAAGCAACACCCUCAUAAGCCACGGCACAGUUCCCGUAGCAACCCCGGCCGUCGUCCCACCACAAUCUCCCCAUUCCAUAACCAGAGCGACUUCCCAACGCCCCAGCAUCAGCGGCGGUAGCAGACCAACACCGUCAUCGCCCUCCGGAUCCAGCACCAUCAGCCCGCGGACCAAGAUCCCAUCCACCAUCAGCACAGCUACUACCUGUGUAGUACAGCAAAACCCACCACCGACCCUCGUCCCCACCAUCACCACCACCAACACCACCUCUACCACGACACCCGGCGCAGCAGCAACAACGAUAACCAGACUCCAAUCCCCCCUCUCCCUCUCCUCCGGCCCUUUGUCGUCAGGCGCAUCCACCUCCUCGCUCAUCUCGACCGGAACCGACUUCAACACCGACGUAGACGAUUCCGAUUCCGAAGCCGAAGCCGAAGACGACGACCAAGUCGAAUCCGACGAAGACCCCUUCGACUUCUUCGAGAUCGACUUUGAAGAGCGUCGGCUGAUGCCCAUGUUUUUGAAAUCACAAAUCGAAGCCCAUGUCGCUGCUUCCGCUGCUUCCGCUGCCGCUAUCCAGGGGCAUCGGAGCCCCGUAGGGAAUAGGGAGGUGGUGGAUUUGGAGACGUUGUUGGGUGGGGGGAGGAAGGAUUUUGGGGAGAGGUUUGCUAGUGGCCAAGGCCUUCAAUGUCCCCUGCCUCCGGAUGAAGUUCUUGGUGGUCGUGGCAGCGGGGAGCAGGGUGAGAAGAAAAAAACCAGUAGUGAGAAACAACGUGGUGGGAUUGGAAAGAAGCAGCACAAGAAAGGGAGCAAGAAGACGAAGAAGGGCAGGAACAGCACCGAGACACUAGCUCCAGCGGUGGUAGGGCUAGGCGCAGUGGCAUCAGCGCUGGAGGAAGCAAAUGAAGGUCACCACCACAAACCCAACAACAACAGCCUCAAAAAGAAGAAGAAAAAGAACAACACCAAGACCAACGCAGCAGCGCCCAACAGACCCCUGAGCCCGUGCAACCCAAACCAGCCGGACCGGGACCCAGGUAAUGGUGGUGGAAACAACACGUACACCCGCCCGGCAUCAAGGAAAACUACUACGACGAUGAAAGACCAACAGGCCUCAACACAUUAUUCUCCGGGAGGCGUGGGGGUGGCGGUGGCGCACAUGGGGGGAGGAGAGCAAAGGAAGGCUUUGAGGUGGUUGGGGUUGGCGUGA